AUCAUGUACAUGCAGGAUGACAUGGAAAACCUGAAGGACUCGUUCACCAUGCAGCUGACAGAUGGCUGCCACACAGUCCAGGGGACAACGAAGAUCAUCGUCCUACCAGUCAAUGAUGAAAAACCCUGGCUGCUGAAGAAUGCAGGUGUAGAGGUGGACUGUAUGGAUAGGAAGGUGAUCUCUGGUGUGGUGUGGAGGCGAAGACCUGGACACUCGUCCCAGUCAGAUCUACUAUAUCCUCAACACUGGGCCCAGGUUUGGGAAGCUGCAGCUCAAGAUGCAAAGCACGACCCUUCUUCAAAUGACACUGAGAAUCAACUUAUUUAUAAUGUUGUCCCCAGAUACACCUUACCCAGCUAGCACACAACGUUCUGAGAACUAUAUAUGUUUCUUGGAGCUUGGUGAGAGCGUGGUUACCCUAUGGUUAUUUUGCAUA